UCAUUCAUUGCGUUUUCAGAAUGAAGACAGCGAAGAAGGUUUCAUAACUUCGAGUCGUGUCCAGUCAGUUACCUCGAGCAUAACAAACUAGAGUCUAGAGUGAGAAAGCGCAGAAACGGAUUAGUAACAAGUAAUCUCGGUGGGGGAGUUAAACUUAUGUCCCGGCACUUUCGGCAUUGUUGAGCUCGUGCGUACUCUGCAAAUAUAUUCCGUAAUAUAAAUAGUGUUAUAAUCAAGAAGUAUUUCGAUCCGGUCAUAAAGGGCAAACACUGUCACGAAAAUUCAUUUCUCAAUGGAAAAUCACAAAUCCGCUAUGUAGAUACAAGAAGAAAACGGUAAAAAGUAUUGUAUGUAGAUUUUUUACUGUGAGACCACUGAUACCAAAUAUUGACCCCCAACGGAUAGACGCUAAACAAGAUCGUGGGAGUCAGUCUAGUUGAUUGUUUUUAAUCGAAGAAAGGUCUUAUGUCUAAACCUUUGCUAGUGAAAUAACUCGCACAUUUCAUGUAUUCUGUCGUUUCGGCUAUAAAUGUAAGUACAAAUUUUUUAAAGACAACGUAGAGACUCAGAGUACCGACAUGGUGGCGUGGUCUUCGUCGCACAGACGACACGUCCGUAUACUGCUGGUUGGCGAUCAAGGUGUCGGCAAAACAUCGCUGAUUCUAUCACUUGUCAGUGAAGAAUUUCCGGAAGAUGUUCCAACCAAAGCGGAAGAAAUUACCAUCCCGGCGGAUGUCACACCGGAACAGGUUCCGACCAACAUCGUAGACUAUUGUGCUACCGAGCAAUCUGAUGAAGUGCUCUCGGAAGAAAUACAAAAGGCGCACGUUGUUUGCAUAGUCUACUCAGUAGAAUGCGAUGAAUCGCUGGAUCGCAUCACCUCGCAUUGGUUACCUGUGAUUCGGGAGUUCUCCGGAGAUCAGCGGAAACCUGUUGUACUUGUGGGAAACAAAAUCGACCUGAUCGACUACUCGACCAUUGAUCAUGUGUUAUCUAUUAUGGAAGAUUUUCCUGAGGUGGAAAGCUGUGUCGAGUGCUCAGCUAAAACGCUUCAUAAUAUAUCGGAAAUGUUUUACUAUGCACAGAAGGCAGUUCUACAUCCAACAGCACCCCUCUAUAUUAUGGAAGAUCAAGACCUUACUGAACCAUGCAAAAAAGCAUUGAUACGGAUAUUCAAAGUAUGCGACAUAGACGGCGACGGUUUACUCAAUGACUACGAGUUGAAUCACUUCCAGCGCCGUUGUUUCAACGCUCCGCUUCAGCCGCAAGUGCUGGAUGAAGUUAAAGCCGUAUUAAUGAAAAACACACCUGAUGGCAUUCGAAACGAUUCUGUCACGCUCAAGGGCUUCCUUUUUCUGCACUGCUUAUUCAUCCAACGGGGGAGAAACGAGACUACGUGGGCGGUGUUGCGACGUUUUGGUUACAAUGAAAGCCUUGAAAUAAGCCGAGAUUAUCUGAAUCCGACAGUAAAAAUUCCUCCCGGAAGCAGUACAGAACUAUCCCAUCGGGGACAGCAGUUUCUGAUAUCGCUUUUCGAGAGAAGCGACCGUGAUGGCGAUGGUGCUUUGUCACCGGAAGAGUUCCGAAUAGUUUUCAGUGCUUGCCCUUGUCCUCCUUUUUCGACAGAUAUCAAGCGAACGGUUCCAACCAAUGAGAAUGGAUGGCCAACACUGCAUGGGUGGAUGUGUCGCUGGACUUUGAUGACCUUGGUUGAUCUGAACAGGACGCUCGAGUAUUUGGCGUACUUAGGAUUCAACGUGCACGAAAAUGAAUCGCAAUUGGCUGCAAUACAUAUCACGAGGGAACGAAGGAUUGAUCUUGCGAAGAAACAAAACAGUCGAUCAGUCUAUAUGUGCCACGUGAUUGGCCCUAAGGGAUCAGGCAAAACCGCCUUCUGUCGAGCAUUCUUAGCUGAUGAUAUGAGAAAACUUACGGAUAAAGAGAUACGCGGCUCUAACCAGUUCGCUAUUAACACUGUUCAGGUGUACGGCCAGGAAAAGUAUCUGGUUCUUCGGGACAUAGAUGUCCGGCAGGUACUGGAUCCGUUGCAACCCAGCGAAGUCAACUGCGAUGUGGCCUGUUUGGUUUACGACAUAAGCGAUCCUAAAUCUUUUGAGUACAUCGCUCGGAUAUACAUCAAAUACUUUGCCGAGAGCAAAAUUCCCGUAUUGGUCGUGGGCGCCAAGGCUGACACAGAGGAAAUUAGACAGGAGUAUCUGUUGCAGGCACCGGACUUCUGUUACAAAUAUAAGCUACUCUCACCACAGUACUUCAGUGUGAAGCACAACAAAAGAGAUAUCUAUACAAAAUUGGCAACGAUGGCGGCAUUCCCUCGUUUUCAAGCCGCGUGGAUUCUUUUCUAUAAACAUAGAUUGGUACAACUAUGGGAGCAAACUCACUUAAAGCAAUUCGGACUCAUCUCCAGCGAUCCGCUUCUCUGGUGGAAGGCCGGCCUAGGUAUAGCAGCAGUGACCAUCGUUGGAUUUUUCGUAGCCAAAGCCUUCUCGGGCUCUCACUCGAGAUGAAUCGACACUCGAAGACCGGCUCCUAUCGCACCUGCAAAAGGUCCUCUGUUCGCUUUGCUGGAAGCGCAAUAUUCGAAUUAAAUAGGCUUAAGGAAACGUGUACUUCUGAGCGUUUGUCCGCGUAGAUAUUGACAGGCUGUUCCUUAGAAAAAAAAAUCAAGCGUUACAAAUUUACUCCAUAUUGUAAUAAACUGCGAGCGUGGGGUGAAAUUUAUCGUGGCACAUCUUGCCUCGUUUAUCAACACGUAGAAGUACUGUAAAUAUGUAGCGCAGCUUGUAAGGCGUUUCCAAACUCUAGAUCGCGUAUAGCCGAAGAAAGUUGAUGUUUUCAAAUCCCAAAGUUUAUAAGCUGUGCACUUCUUGAUAAUGGGCUAUCGUUAGCAUAUAAGCGGUUUCACUUUAGUUUUCCGAUGCAUCAAUAUUUAGUUUAAACCCUUAUCGCUACGUAAUUUUUCUGGUGCAAUAUUCAAAUAUACUACCAAUGACGUAUUCGCUUGAGAGGACCCAGAAACGAGCUCGGAUUGGUUACUUUGAUUUUUUGUUGUUGCAAAACUGAGUUUCCUAAUAUAAAGAUCAAGUUCAUGCCCGAGCCAAUUUCCAAACCAUCGGUUCUAACCUAGAAAUGGUUUCAAAUAAUCUAGGUUAAAAACUUGGUUAGUUUCUUUUUCAGGUGAAAAUGACAUUAAUUUCUUCAAUAGGAUUACUGCUUUGCGUUAUUAGUUCAGUUCUACAAGACUUUUUUCUGAGAUAUGCUCCAGAUAUCUAACUUUCGUACUAAAUACAUACAAACAUCAUAGUCUAAUAAAUACCAUAUGUAAUUAGUUCAAAAC